UUGGUGUCGUGCGAAGAGGCGGUGGUCGAUGUGAGAGAGUACGUGACGAGUGGGGAGGGGCCGGCGUCGGUGGAGGCGGCCGAGAAGGAGCAUGUGAUGGUCUGCGUGCAGAUCACGGUCGACGGCCGCCCUGGUGUGUUGCUGGCCGAUCCCGGGUACCACGUGCCCAGGGUUGUCACCGUCAUGGCGGAUAGAGCGUAUCCGCAUACCGGUUGGUUCACACAAUCGGACGAGCCGCAGUGCCGCAAGGAGUACAGCUACGCGUUGAGUCCGCACAACGGCAGCUAUGUGGAGUGGCGCGAGCGGGAGACGCGUGGCGCCACGGUCAAGUGCCAGACCUCGCUGGUGUACGUCGCCAGGCCAUACCUGGAUGGCGUCAACGUCACCGAGAGGCGGAACCUUGUUUACAACUUCAGGAGUCUCCUUGCCCGCGACCAAAAGGGCCACCUCAUAGCCGGGCUAUAUUUCCCGGUAGGCGGCCGUGGCAAAGACGCGCAGUUCACUCUAUUCUUCGACAGCGGCACCGAAAAACAGAAGACCAAGUAUAAGUUCAACACCUUCAUCGACCCGGACUCUAUACCAGACUCAAUAUCGGAAGAGGUUGAGCUCUGCAACGCACAAAUGAACUAUAAGGAAGGUGAACUACGCAAUAUCAUCUGCAAACUUGCGAAAGUCUUAUCCAACCAAUCGUUUAUCGACCAAGUCCUUGAGAUAAACGACGACAUCUGCCGCUUGUGCCUCUGA